CCAUGACCCAGUGUCCACCUAAUGACACAAAAUGAUGCAAACCCAUUUUUGGCCCCUGGCUAAAUGCUAAAUAGUAAGAAAAUCCAUGACACAAACCCCUUUUUUAUAGCAACACUUUAAUUACAAGAAAUCCACAUAACUUAGACUUCUACUCUCUUCCCUUCUCCUCCCAUAACACAAAGAAACACACAUAAAAACACACACACACACACACACAGAGUCUUUGAGAGAGAGAGAGAGAGAGAGAGAGUUCAAUGUUCUGCUUCAUUCCAUGGCUCUUACAACAAGUUCAGAGUCUCAUUCAACCUCUACAAAACCAACCCCAACUCCUCCACCAAUCGAAGUCGAGUGUGUGAAAUGCGACUCUUGUGGGUUCACGGAGGAUUGCACCCCUGCAUACAUCUCACGAGUCCGGGAUCGUUACCAGGGCCGUUGGAUAUGUGGGCUCUGCGUUGAGGCAGUGAAAGAUGAAGUCUUGAGAUCAGAUAGGCUCAUCUCCACCGAAGAAGCCCUGAACCGCCACAUAAAUUUUUGCAGGAAGUUCAGAUCAUCAAGUCCUCUGCAUAAAGAAACAGAGCACCCCAUCCUUGCCAUGGGUCGGGUUUUCAGGCGGAGCUUGGACAGUCCGAGAGCUCUCAGGUCAAAUUCUAGCUCUUCUCUUGAUGGUGUCGAAAGUGUUCGCGGCCCAGCGCUUGUUCGUUCAGGAAGUUGCUUCUCUUCUCUGUCUAGGUGAAUGGUUAGAGCAAACUUUGCAGGUACAUAUGAAACAGAGGAACUCUGUUUUUUUUCUUAGAUAACAAAUUGGGUAAUUUUGGCUGUUUUUUUUUCUUCCUUUUUUUUGCUCUAAUGGAUUGAUCUUAAUGGAUUUUUAAGAUAAUUGCUGAGAAAACUAAUAUGACUGAUUUAAGAUUGUUUGUUUCUCUAGACUUUUUCAAUGUAUAUAUUCCAUAAUUUAAUUUGCUUCAAAUACAUUAUUUCUUUUCUUUUUCAUUAUUUUGUUUCUCUAGAGUUUGUACAUUGUUUUGUUGUUUAAAGGAAUAUGAAUGACAUGAUUGUGUGAUCAAGGUCAAGGUACAUGAAUUAUACAAAGGGGUUGGCAAAUUAAUGGAAAUAAAUCUAGGGUCUGGUUCCUGUAUACAAAUUCAUGAAAGUGAUGCCACUGCAUUUUCCCUUUUAUUCUGGUGUAAUUACUAAUUAGCUGGUUUCUUUCCUGUUUCAGUCAUGCCCAGUUGUGUAAAAUGGCUUAUUAGAAAACAAACAAAAAAGAAAAAAAAAAGAAAAAAAAAAAGAAAA